CCGCCGUCGAUCUUCGUCCGAGUCGAAACAAAUCGCUGUGUCUCGCUGCCUGCGGGCGUCAUGGCAGCGGGCCAGGAUCCGCUGCCAAUGCUGCUUGGGCAAAAGGGCAAAGCUGUUGGUCCUCUUGGUGACAAGCUGUCAGACGAGUCUUUCUUGAACCAGAUGCGUUUGUUCUAUGCCUGUGCUGCUGGUGAUCCUGUGAACGCCAAGAGUCUUUUGGAGACCACGGAUGUCAACUUUCGAGAUCACUAUGGCCGAACGGCCUUGCACAGUGCCUGCGGCUGCACCAGCGCGGGGGCCAAGGAAACGGUUAAGCUGCUGUUGAAGAAGAAGGCGGAUGUGAAUGCCGUGGACUCGAGCGGCAUGUCAGCUAUCGACAUUGCCGUCAAGGUGAAGAACGGCUCCAUCCGAAGGAUCUUGGAGGAGAGGGGUGCCGAGCUUGAAGCCAUGCUGGAAAGGCAAGGCCGAGAGAGUGCUUGGCUACUGGCUGCCUCAGAGCUGACGUUGCGGAAAGAACUGGCCAACACCUUGAAGAGUGUGGUGCAUUUGGCGGACUGGCACGGUACCAGCGUGGUGGUGAAAUCGGUGAAGAUGGGGCACAGGAAUAGGUUGACGCACAUGACUAAAUCAGCCAGCUUCUGCGACGAUGACUCUGGGCCAGAACAAGAGGAGAUCUCGGAUGAAGAGGGGGAGAAUCUCCGACGAGCUGUGGAGGAGGAGCUUCUUCAUGAAAUUGAACUGGUCGCUUCCUUUCGACAUCCUGACUUGGUCCUGUUCCUGGGUGCUUGCUUAGAUCCAGGUGCUCCGGUGAUGUUUGUGACCGAGUACAUGCCUCGAGGGGAUGUGGAGAAGCACAUGUCUCAGCAACGCGAAGUCAAGCAGGUGGCUUGGUACACUCCGCCGCUGUCCCGCAUGAUCAGCUGGUGUUGCGCCGUGGCACGCGCCCUGGCGUUCCUUCACAAGUUCCCAGUACUGCAUCGCGACUUGAAGCCCAUGAACCUCCUUUUGACAGAGAAAUUGGACGUCAAGGUUUCCGACUUCGGCACUGGCCGACUCAUCGAAAAGGUGGAUGGCAACAAGACACUUGAUGUCACCAACGCUUUAACCAUGGGAACGGUUGGGACCUUCACUUACACUGCGCCGGAAAUGAUGCGAUCCUCUGACUACGACGAAAAGGUGGAUAUUUAUGCCUUCGCGCUGAUCAUGUACUAUUUGAGUUCGGGUCGCCCACCCUUCAUGCACCUCCAUCCGCAGGACCUCAUUGAGAAGUAUGCAGCAGGGGAGCAACCCAGACCCAACGUUGGGGACUGUCAUCGUGUGAUGCGAGGCCUGGUGGAACGCUGCUGGGCUGUGGACCCCAAAGAACGUCCAUCCGCGGUGGAGAUUUUGAAGGCUUUGCAUGAGAUUGACGACAGAGGUCAUUGUGAUGCUUGUUCCACCAUGUGAGCCGCUUUUGUUUGCAGCGAAACUCGCAGCACGAAUUCCAAGUAUUGGGGGCCUGGAGGGUUCUCCAUUUCAGGGGCCCCAAGAUGUCUUUUGGG